UAAUGAACUUGAACAUAGUAAGUAACAGAAGUAGCCAUGUUUCUUAGUAGGAUAGGUUAUGGAGUGUUAAGCAGGCGGGUAGUGAUAUCACCUGCAACCUCUUUAGGAAGAAUAAUUCCCAAAUCUGUAAUAAUUAAUGGAGGAUUAAUCGGAGCCAUUAGACAAAAGUCAAAUCUUCCCCAAGAUUUCAAUCCUAAAAAGACUUUACCAAGUCAAGGAGAAUGGAAACAUUUGAAACAACAUAUCCCUGGUGAAUCAAUUCAAACUAAUGAAGUGAAAGAAAGAGUGCCAAAGUUCCCAUUGGCUAAAGAAAUUGUACCGACUUUAUUACCUAAACCUGGUGUACCACAAGUUGGACCUAAAUAUAGUUUUAGACAAGUUCUUCAGAUAUUAAAGACUAAAACAGAACCAGAACUUAUCUAUGAAAGUGAACCCCAUCGAUUAUACUUUUUAACAUGUUUUUGUUGUGGUAUAGUAUUCGCUAUUUAUGGACUUGUACUUGGAGAAUAUGCUUGGUUUCAAGCUGGUUUGGAUUAUGAAGAGAAUGUUGAAGAAAAGAAUGAAGUAUUAAGGAAACGUGAAUGGGUAUUUUCAUUAUUAAAGAAUUCGAUAUUCAGUAUUGUUAUGUUGACAGCUGCUUAUGGAGUUUUUAGAUUACCAACUAAAUUAAUUAGAAGAAUUUGGUAUUUACCAGGUAGAAAAGAACAUAUUCAAUUCACUAGUUAUCCUUUAAUUCCAGGUCGCCCUACUCCAGUUGUGACUACACCUUUAGAAAAUUUAACUCGUAGAAAGACAGCUCGUGUAUGGACUGGGAAAGGAUUCUAUGGAACUGCUGAUAAUUCUAUGUUUUUCUUUAUAUUAAGAGAGAAAUUAGCUAAUGGAAGAAGCAAAAAUUGGAUGGUGGAUAGAAAAGGAUUCUUCUGGAGUGAUGGUAGAGUAUUUGAUUAUUUAUUCGGGAAAGAAUCUGUUGAAGAAGCCGAAGCUGGUAUUCCUUAUGAUGAACAAAUAGGUAUAAUUAACAGAGAAGUGAAAAAGAAGAAGAAACAAUUGAGAGAAAAACAUGGUCGGUUCUAUCAAUUUAAGAUAGGAGCUCAAGACUUGAAGGAAGAUGUUAGUAAAGCCACCAAUUAUGUUAAAAGUUUGAAACAAGGUAAUAACAAGAAAGAAUUACCAAAGGGACAAGAGAAUAACAUUGACAUUAACAUUAACAACAACAAAAAUAAGAGCAAGAGCAAGAACAAGAGC